AUGAUAACUUCUAACCUCAAUAUUCAAAUAGCAUUAAUGAUACCAUAGCAUAACUUCAAUUCAAAUGGGAAAUUCCCUUUUAAUUUCACUUUUCCUUUUUGUCUCUGCGAUUACUACUACAGAAACCCAACUACUAUUUGAUACCCAGCAGAGUUGUCCGGCGCCGGACUCUACACUUAAUUACCGUCCGGUCAUCGGAAUUGUUAGUCAUCCCGGCGAUGGCGCUACCGGCCGUCUCAGCAACGCUACUAAUGUGUCCUACAUUGCAGCUUCGUAUGUUAAAUUUGCUGAAAUGGCUGGUGCUACAGUUAUUCCUCUCCUAUACACUGAGCCUUCCCAAAUUCUCAAUCAAAAGCUUAAUCUAGUAAAUGGCAUUAUCUUCACUGGAGGGUGGGCUAAGGAUGGCCUCUAUUUUGAUGUUAUUAAAGGAAUUUUCCAGAAAGUUUUGGAGAAGAAUGAUGCUGGCGAGCACUUCCCUCUACUUGCAAUAUGCCUGGGAUAUGAACUUUUAACAAUGAUCAUCACCAAGGACAACAACAUUCUUGAAGAAUUCAGUGCAGCAAGUCAAGCAUCUACAGUACAGCUUGUGGAAAAUGUAAAUAUUGAAGGAACGGUAUUUGGAAGAUUCCCCCCUGUAUUGCUAAAGAAGAUGGGUACAGAUUGCCUUGUGAUGCAAAAUCAUCAUUUUGGUAUAUCACCAGAAAGAUUUCAAGCGAAUAGACAUUUGAGUAGCUUUUUCAGGGUGUUGACAACUAGUACGGAUGAAAACAACAAGGUCUAUGUCUCUACCGUUCAAGCUAAACGUUAUCCUAUAACUGCUUUCCAAUGGCACCCAGAGAAAAAUGUUUUUGAAUGGGGUUCAUCAAGGAUUCCACAUACUGAGGAUGCAAUUCAAGUUACUACACAUGUUGCCAACUAUUUUAUAAGUGAAGCUAGAAAGUCUUCUAACAAGCCAGUAGCCCGCGAAGUGCUUGACAAGCUCAUAUACAAUUACAAUCCCACUUAUGGUGGGAAGGCAGGAAAGGGAUAUGAUGAAGUUUAUCUCUUCACUCCGCAUUCUGCCUUAGAGUUCUCUGUGGAGAAAAAAGAGCAGUGUAAUUGAGCAAUAACAACUGCACAAUCUAAGAUGCACGUCGAGACCUGGGAGCGGUCAGUGUGUGAUGUUCACUGUUGGAACUGGCCUUCAAUCUUCAGAUACUGUUCUCACAACCAAAUAGGGAAUUCUAAAUCUUGUUGUAUGAUGCUUGUUAGGAGGUGGAUCCAGGAUUUUAAGAAUACGGGAUCUGGAUCACAAAACUUUUUGUUAGCCAAGUUCUGGAUUAGAUUCAGGAUUUUGAGCCGAGGGUCUUUUGAAAAUAACCUCUCUACCUCCAC